GUCAAUUCAAGUUCAUUCCUACGAAUCGCUUGUUUCAUUUCUCGAAAAAGGAGUCGACGUGAGAUAUUUUUUUAACAUUUCAAAAUGUGUUCAGCACUCUUCACCUCCACCGUUUAAAGAUGUUCCAGUUUUUGGUGGGAAAAUCAAAUACUUCAGUGCAAGUCAAAAUUCAGGUGGUGAUCCUGGAACAACAGUGUUCAAUAACGUGGAGUACAUCGAUGAAAAUGAUAAAGAUCCUAAUGAAGAAAUUCAUACAUUUUGGAUUGUCAAUGAUACAGCAAAGAUAUUUUGGGCGAAGCCUGGCUUUUUUGUAAAUAACACUGAUACCAUUGGAGGAAUAUAUUGUGACUGGACUAAAGGACAAGGAAAGAUAUGGGUCAAAUUGCAUUCACAACGAAAGCUGAAGUCAUUUCCGGAGAUUCAGACCUCACUGACAUCUGGAGACGAAGUGGGUUGGGUUGUUAACCAGACUCAGUGUCACUGCCCGGGGGGCUGCCAGGACGGCAUCAUGGGAGACACCAUCAGAGGUUUCAAAGUUAUGAAAGACGGGAGUAUCAAUUUCUCUACCUCAAUGACAACAAUAUUUCCGCUGGCCUGGAACUAUAUCCGACUCAUCACAUUUGUUCACAUUCAUGCAAAUAACACUGCAACAUUUGUAACAAGACAUUUAGAUGCACCGACAUGGGAACAGGAUGGACUUGAUGUAAUGCACUGUCCGAUACACUCGGAACUGAACGCAGAAGGAGCUAGAUUCUAUGUAAAAAGAAUGUAAAAUUGUGA